AUGGAGGACACCAGCAACGCCGCCGCCCAUCAUCAGUACCAUCAGCAGAAGAGAUGCGGCGGCAACAGCGGCAGGAGGGCGGGUGCUGGUGCUGGUGCGGGUGCGGGUGUGGGUGCUGGUGCGGGUGCUGGUGCGGGUGCGGCGCAGAGGGAAGGCGGCGGGGGGACCAAGUACCGGGGGGUGCGGCGGAGGCCGUGGGGGCGGUACGCGGCAGAGAUCCGGGACCCGCAGUCCAAGGAGCGGCGCUGGCUGGGCACCUUCGACACCGCCGAGCAGGCCGCCUGCGCCUACGACAUCGCCGCCCGGGCCAUGCGCGGCCUCAAGGCCCGCACCAACUUCCCCAUCGCCCACCCCGCCGCAGCCUUCCCCGUCGACCCUCCCAAUAGUAGCUGGCCGCGGCCGCCCCACCCGGCCUUCAAUUUUAUCAAUAAUAAUCCCUACCACCACAACCACCACCACCACCACCACCACCACCGCCACCACUAUCACCAGUACCCUGCUUAUAAUUACAACGUCGGCCUGCCCGUGUUCUCCUCCUCCUCCUCCUCCUCCUGUGAAUCGGCGAGUCUCCUUCCGCGGAACCUCCUCCACCCGAACGACGGCGGCUCAUCCAGCUCCCACUACUCUUUCAACGUCCCGACUGACCACGCCGUCGACCACGGCUGCGCUUCUUGCGCUUCUCAUCUCUCGUCGUGGCCGCUCAGCAUCCCGCCUGGCGACUGCACCUACGCCAGCGGCAUCGCUCGCUCCCUCGUGGACGACGAUAUUGGCGCCCGCUACGCUGCCGCUUCUUCCUCUCCUUCCUCGGAAUACUUGUCCGGGAGUACUCUUCUCCUCGGGCAGCAGCAGCAGCGGCAGCAGCAGCAGAAUCAUCCGCCUAAUUAUUGCACCGCAGCCGACGUAAAAUUAUCUUCUCCGUCUUCCGAUACAGUAUUCGACGGGAACAGCAACACCACCACGGUCAGCAUCAGCAACAACGACAACAACAGCGACGAUUGGGACUUGUUCUGCUCGGAGCCCGCCGAUGCCGGCCUCCUCCAGGAGAUCAUCCACGGCUUCUGCCCUCACCGCCGCCAUCGCCGCAAUGACAAGUCGAAGGAAAUGGCCGGGCGCAUCGACGCCGCCGGAAAGUUUCAUGCCGAUGAGAUGAUGACGAUCGAACAUGGCGAUCGCCGCGGUCUGGUCUCUCUCAAAUCGGAGGUCGAGACGUUCGACGUCGAUACCUCGGCAGACGGGCCGGAUAACUUCCCCAUGGUUCCGCAGGGACUGCUGGAGGACAUCGUUCAGUACCCCGACUUCUUUGAGAUCCUCUCUGCUAAGUUGCGCUAGGCGGCCGCCUAAUAUAUCAUAUGUAUCAUCAUAUUACUAUUUGCUAAUUAAUUAAUCAAUGG